UCUGAACCCUUGGAUGAGGGUCACUUGCCAGAGGAAGAAUUUUUUUCUCUCUCUCUGUCUCUCCAUUUUUUUCUACUUCCUUCUUGGGCAGAAGGCUGGUGUAACUGAAACCAGACACGAACCAGUAUGAGAGGCAUUCAAAGCAGCAAGACUUUACUCCUCCGCAGAGUGGGAAAACGGGAUUACAAAUAAAUACUAGUCCAAUAAAUUUAGUGACUGCUCAUGUUUUUGUUAAUCUGGAAGUUUUGAAUAAGACGGACACAGUUAGGAUGAUAGGAUGGAAGAGUUAUUCCAUGGAUCAGGCUGUGCAGGAGAUAUCUAGUGAGAGUAAUGGAGAACUUCAGAUUGGGCAAUGCAUGCGCAACUUUUUCAGCUUCUAGUUGAAAAGCUUGUAAGAGCAACAUGAGCUGGAGCUUUCUCACUCGCCUCUUGGAAGAGAUCCACAAUCACUCCACCUUUGUGGGGAAAGUGUGGCUGACCGUUCUCAUCAUCUUUCGCAUUGUACUCACAGCAGUGGGAGGUGAGUCCAUCUACUCUGAUGAGCAGACCAAGUUCACCUGCAACACCAAGCAGCCGGGCUGCGACAACGUGUGCUACGAUGCCUUCGCGCCCCUCUCGCAUGUUCGCUUCUGGGUCUUCCAGAUCAUUAUGAUUUCCACUCCUUCCAUCAUGUACAUGGGUUAUGCCAUCCACAAGAUAGCUCGAACCUCCGAAGAGGAGCGGAGGAAACGACGCAUACUCCGCAAAAGGCCACCACUUCCCUCGCGGUGGAGAGAGAGCCACCAUCUAGAGGAUGUCUUAGAAGAGGAGGAAGAUGACGAAGCCGAGCCCAUGAUUUACGAGGAUAAUCUGGAGGUGCGGGAGCCAAAGCCUGAGCCUGUGAGCGGCGCUAGCAAUGAGCCAGCGAAAUAUGACGGCCGCAGAAAAAUUAUGCAAGAAGGCCUGAUGAGAAUCUAUGUUCUCCAACUUAUGUCACGUGCCAUUUUCGAAAUUGCGUUCCUCGCCGGACAGUAUCUGUUGUAUGGGUUUCGAGUUAGUCCAUCGUAUGUGUGCAACAGAGUACCCUGUCCACACAGAGUGGACUGUUUCAUCUCCAGGCCCACAGAGAAAACAAUCUUCCUCUUAAUUAUGUAUGUGGUAAGCUGUCUUUGUCUAGUGCUAAAUGUGUGUGAGAUGCUUCACUUGGGAAUCGGAACCUUCCGGGAUACUCUUCGCAUGAAGAGGAUCCGGGGCCGACGUACUAUGUCUUAUGGCUAUCCGUUCUCUCGCAACAUCCCAGCUUCCCCGCCUGGGUACAACCUUGUAAUGAAAACAGACAAACCCACCCGGAUCCCCAACAGCCUCAUCAACCAUGAUCAGAACAUGGCCAGCGGUGCUCAGGAGCAGCAGUGCACCAGCCCGGACGAGAACAUCCCCUCUGAUCUUGCAAGUCUGCACCGGCACCUACGAGUCGCACAGGAGCAGCUGGAUAUGGCCUUUCAAACUUGUCAAACCAAAACCAACCAGCAAACAUCCAGAACCAGCAGUCCUGUAUCCGGGGGCACCAUGGCAGAGCAAAACCGAGUCAAUACAGUCCAGGAGAAGCAAGGAGCAAGGCCAAAGUCAGCCACAGAGAAAACUGCAACCAUUGUGAAAAAUGGAAAAUCAUCUGUCUGGAUCUAGACAGUAAAUUAAAAGCAAAACGUAGGAGUCUCUGAACUGCAACACAGCUGGGAAAUGUAUUUCCAGGAGAUUUGACUAUGGACAAUGACAACUGAGAUUUCAAUCACAAAAGCUGAAGACGAAGUGUAGCUUACGCUGAAGGACUGUUAUUGGGAAUAGAAGAGGAAGCACAUGAUGAAACGAUCAAAUCAGUAAUCUUUUCUGGUACUGUAAUAAGUUAUGUUGCACUUGCCAUAGAGGAUGGAUAUAGUUAAACAUUAAAUUCCACUCUAUCUAAUUUAGGCAUUAAAAUCACAAACAGACUGCUUUAAACUACUUAUCUGGUUUCCCAUCACCUACAAAUGAACUGGGGAUAUUUAGACAAGUCUAAUUUUGAAAGGAUGUGAUUGCGCUUUCCAUCCAAAUUUGAAAAUGGAGAGCAAAACAUCACAAUAACAGUGACUCAUUUCUGAAGAAUGAUGGUUGUUGAUAGAAAGAUGCAUGUUUGAUAUUUAGAGAAACAUUUUUGGAUGGAUAUGGAUGAGUGUUCAUUGAAGCAAGUUAAAUGUGAAAUAUUUUGAUAAAGAUAAUGAAACAGGGCUGUGUCACUGAAAGCGUUUCUGGGAAACAAAUGUUCAGCUGGAUUAAUUUCAGUCAUUGCGUGCAAAGCCUUUCUCUAUGUUCAUUAUUUUCAAAGCCUUUCAGUGUCACAGAAAUUGGUCAGUAAACAGGAGAUCUGAACAUUUUUGAAACAAAACACUGAUUUUCUGCAGUCUGCAGCAGAUUAUGCAUGCUUUACAACAGGGAACAUACAGCAUACACUAAAGAGUACAGUAGGAAUCCCAUCCAUAGCUAUUCAGUGAACUCCUAUCUUAUGUUUAGAUGUUAGAUGAUAUGACGAUUUUCCUUUCUCUGCCACAGAAGCUGAAAUUAGUCUAGCUAAUCCUGCCUUCACCACUUUAACACGUCAAAGUGCCUUAAACUUUUACAGACUGUUCUCGUGUUAUUCAUCAGAAAAUAAAUUUGUUUGAAUGCUCAGCUUCUCCUAGUUUAUAAAAUGUCUCUGCUUCUUUGACUUAUUGUGCUAAUAAUGGUGUGUCUGAAAAACAAAAACUAUCUGAUCCAACAUCAGAAGCUUACAGGAAAAUUGGAUAGUUAAAAUGCUGCAAUGAUCAUGUGGAUAAUUUGGAAAACUCUUAGUAGAAGUUAUCAAUCCAAGUAGAUUUUCAUGCUGUUUACCUUAUUCUGUGAGUAAUUGAGAGAGAAUUUUGAAAAACAAAAAAAAAAUUGAUUAAAAAUCAAAUAAUAUUAGUGAUAAAACAAAUUGUUAAUACAGAAGGGAUGGAGGCUAAAACAUGUAAAAAAAAAAUAAGAAAUGAAAAACAAAAGAAUUUCAUCAGCCAAUCAAGGUUAUGGUUUAUGUUUCAGAAGACUUAUUUGUGGAUGUAAAAGCCCAUUUUACAUCAAUUUACUGUAAAAUAUCGAGCCUAUAUGAGGGAACCCACUAGAACACACAAGAAAGCACAAUGUACCUUAAAGCUGGUCAUGAUAUUACAAAAGAAACCCAUCAAAUUAUCAAUAAUUCAAAAAAAUCCUGAAAUAAAAAUACUUUGUGACUGUUGGGCUGCAUCAUAAUUAUCUAAAUACUCACAUAUAGUAGAGACAGUCGCUUGCGAACAAGUCAUUACUAGAUUAAACAAGGUGGGGGUGGAGGAGCACUAUGUCAGAUUACACUAAAUGUAUUUUUUUUUGUAAUAAAUAAAGGUAUUGAAAUGUUAAGUGUGGUAUAUUUCUUCUUUUCUUUUUUUCUGUAUGCAAUGCCUAAUCUCUAAUUGGUGAGCCCUCAAUGAUGGCAAGAUGUUCAUCAUUACAUUGGAGGGUUAAACAACCAAGCUAGCCGUGCUAGAGGGAGAAUAUUGUUUUACUCUGUUGGAUUUCUUUUUCUGGCCAGUUUACAAGUGUUGGGAUCUGCAGGAACUAUCAUCAUAAUGAUGUGGUUUCUAUAAAGUGAAGUUUUAUGGAGCGAUUAUAGCGAUGAUUUUAAAGUUGCCUGCUUGCUUUAUGCCCCUGGAAAAU